UGUGUGAUCCUGUGAUGGGUGACAAAUGGAGCGGGGAAGGCUAUAUGUAUGUUCCAGAGGAUCUCUUUCCUGUGUAUAAGAAUAAUGUGGUACCUGUAGCAGAUAUAAUAACACCAAAUCAGUUUGAAGCUGA